AUGCCCGAGGACGUUGCGAAGUAUGGUGAACUCGCGCCUCCCACCCUGCACUUUGACGCGAAGCGGAAAGGACCGGUAGAGUGGGAUCAAGUAUACGAACACAUCAGCGUCAUAUUCCGGACAGACUUCAUUUACCAACCCCACGUCGCCCAAGCUCGUUUCAUCCUCUACCGCUACCAAGUCGUCAUCGACUACUACGAAAGGCUCGAAUAUCAGCCACAUAGAAUAGUCCGAGAAGCCCCCCGUGCUCUCGAACCAGUCGAAGACGAUCAGGAGCUGUACCACCUCCUGUUUGACGAAGAAUACGGCAUCUCCUCCGACGAAGAAGAACCUUUCUGA